AUGUCUCGCGAAGCCUACCAAGUUCCCUCGAUGGGUACCCAGAACGCCUUCGGCAACGAUGCCGGCUACACUAACGCGAUGGCCACCGACACUCCCUCUGUGGUCUACCUGUGCGGCGAGUGCUCGGCGCGUGUGCCUCUGAAGCGCGGUGACCAGAUUCGCUGCAAGGACUGCGGACACCGUGUGCUCUACAAGGAGCGCACCAAGCGUAUGGUGCAAUUUGAAGCUCGCUGA